GAGGGGCGGGUGGUGUUUCCGUUGCUUGGAGUGGACUGAGAGCUGCUGCCUGGAGCCUAUUCUGCUCGCAUCCCUGCCCUGCCCUGCGCGCCGCCGCCCCGCGCUCCGCCACCCCGCGCUCCGCCGCUCUCUGGGAGGUUCGGGGCACUUAGGUCCCUCUGUCACCCUCGGUUUGCGUCGCCUUCUCCUGACCUGAGCAGUCGCCAUGGCACAGGUUCUUAAAGGCACCGUGGUUGCCUUCCCUGGAUUUGAUGAGCGGGCUGAUGCAGAAACUCUUCGGAAGGCCAUGAAAGGCCUGGGCACUGAUGAGGAGAGCAUCUUGACUCUGUUGACAUCCCGAAGUAAUGCUCAGCGCCAGGAAAUCGCCGUGGCUUUUAAAACUCUAUUUGGCAGGGACCUUCUGGAUGACCUGAAAUCAGAACUGACUGGAAAAUUUGAAAAAUUAAUCGUGGCUCUGAUGAAACCUUCUCGGCUUUAUGAUGCCUAUGAACUGAAGCAUGCUCUUAAGGGAGCUGGGACAGAUGAAAAAGUACUGACAGAAAUUAUUGCUUCGAGGACACCUGAAGAACUGAGAGCCAUAAAACAAGUUUAUGAGGAAGAAUAUGGCUCAAGCCUGGAAGAUGACGUGGUGGGGGAUACAUCAGGGUUCUACCAGAGGAUGUUGGUGGUUCUCCUUCAGGCUAAUAGAGACCCUGAUGCUGGAAUUGAUGAAGCACAAGUUGAACAAGAUGCUCAGGCUUUGUUCCAGGCUGGAGAACUGAAAUGGGGGACAGAUGAAGAAAAGUUUAUCACCAUCUUUGGGACACGAAGUGUGUCUCAUUUGAGAAGGGUGUUUGAUAAGUACAUGACUAUAUCAGGAUUUCAGAUUGAGGAAACCAUUGACCGAGAGACUUCUGGUAAUUUGGAGCAACUCCUCCUUGCUGUUGUGAAAUCUAUUCGAAGUAUACCCGCCUACCUUGCAGAAACCCUCUACUAUGCUAUGAAGGGAGCGGGGACGGAUGAUCAUACCCUCAUCAGAGUCGUGGUGUCCAGGAGCGAGAUUGAUUUGUUUAACAUUAGGAAGGAGUUCAGGAAGAAUUUCGCCACCUCUCUCUAUUCCAUGAUUAAGGAUGAUACGUCUGGGGACUAUAAGAAAGCCCUCUUGCUGCUCUGUGGAGGAGAGAACGACUGAGAUAACCAGCUGGAGAGAGAUCCUGCGCCGUGCCUGCCACGGCCGCCGCGACCUUCCUAAGCCUCUCGCUGUGCUUGUUUGUAUGCCCGAGCCUGACACAUUGCCUUAUUCAUACUAGCAUGCUAAUGACCAAAACAUACAUGUUGCAGAAGAGAAAUAGCGGUGCUUCUUGCUGAUGUUCAGUAAAGCUCUUUCUCUUUGUCUUUUGUAGUACUUACGUUACUAAAGUCUAAAGUCUGGGUCAUUUAGAUUUUCUUUUAGAAGAUCCGACUGCUUUUAGCCUUUUUAAAAAGCUUCAUUUAUAUUAAAUUGAUAACUGUAUUUCCUUAAUCAGAACCUUAGCCUUAAAAUGAUGAACUCCUGGAAGUGUUAUUAAUCAAGUUUGCUACUAAACUAAACCUGAAAAAUUAUGGUGGUUGCAUUCAAAAGAUUAAUGAGAAAUAAACAUUUCCUUCCCCCUGA